GUUCCCAUUAUUCAAUGGGAAGUCAAGUUGUUGAUAACAAGUUCACUUGGGUGAUUGAAAACUUCCGCACUUUGCAAUCUGAGAAAAUCUAUUCUGAUGAAUUCAUCAUCGGCGGAUGCAAAUGGCACCUUAUUGCUUAUCCCAAGGGACAUAAGGCUGCUGAUUGCUUGUCUCUGUUUCUGACAGUCGCCAAACGUGAAUCGUUGCCUGAUGGAUGGAUGAGAGACGCACAAGUUUACUUGACGAUUGUCAAUGAACAUUCCCAAUCACUCUCCCAACUAAAAGAAUUCCGAAAGUGCUUUGAUGAGAAGACUCGCUCUUGGGGUUUCUUAGAAAUGCUCCCGCUUACUUUCAUUCAUCACAAAGAUAGUGGUUUCUUGGUAAACGGGGAGCUCAAGAUUGUUGCCAAAAUAGAUGUUCUUAAAGCUAUUGGUGGUAUACUAGAUGAAUCUGAAGAGGCAACCCAACCUCUGAAAAAGAGAAAGCAAGGAAAUGAUGGCAAUGAUACUGUGUUGUCUUCUUCUAGUGAUUUACCACUCAACAAUACUCAACAACUCGAGGAAAGCUUUUUUGAAGUCAAUGGGUUUCUUGUUCUUCCUUCACAGGUAGAAACUGUGAAGCAUAUAUUUCAAGCUCACCCAGACAUUGCAUCCGGAGUCCAAACAAAGUGUCAGCAUUUGAGGACAACGUACAUUAAUAUCCUCCUCGGAGUAAUUCAGACGCUGUGCCAACCACCUCAGGAACUCACCGAUGAUGAUCUGAAACGAGCUUCUUAUGCAUUGGCUUGCGUAGUAACCGCAGGAUUUCAAGUGGAUUGGUUGGAGAACAACCUGCAUCAAGUGUUGGAAAAUAAGUUUACAGUGCUAAUUGGUGAGACUCAGCUGUUAGAAAUGGAGUUCAAGCUGCUGAGUUUGAAAUUGGAACGCAUAGAGCUAGAAGCUAGUAUGAAGCAAAAGAAAGAAGAGGUUGCAGUUGCCAAAAUACCUCUUUCAUUCGAUGAUUUGCUUUGA